CCCUUGGAAGAAGCACGAGGGCCGACGUCUUCUCCGGUCACCUUGGGAGGCAACCCGGUAGAUCUAAAUAAAAAUCGCGCAAAUUAAGAUCCCAACAGCAACAAAAGAAAGCCCCUUGCAGUAUCCACCGGUGGUGGUGGUCGUCGAAGGGCGGCGAUCGAAGAAGGGCAGAGCCUUGUUUCGGUCGUAGAAGAGUCGAAGAUGUUCCGGAACCAGUACGACACGGACGUGACGACAUGGAGCCCCGCGGGGCGGCUGUUCCAGGUGGAGUACGCGAUGGAGGCGGUGAAGCAAGGGUCGGCGGCGAUCGGCCUCCGGUCGGCGACCCACGUGGCGCUGGCCACGGUGAACAAGGCGGCCUCCGAGCUCUCCUCCCACCAGAAGAAGGUCUUCAAGGUGGACGACCACAUCGGCGUCGCCAUCGCCGGCCUCACCGCCGACGGCCGCGUCCUCUCCCGCUUCCUCCGCUCCGAGUGCAUCAACUACGCCUUCGUCUACGAGUCCCCCCUCCCCGUCUCCCGCCUCGUCGUCCACCUCGCCGACAAGGCCCAGGUCUGCACGCAGCGUUCCUGGAAAAGGCCCUAUGGGGUGGGCCUGCUGGUUGCUGGAUUGGAUGAAACUGGUGCCCACCUAUAUUAUAACUGCACCAGUGGAAACUACUUUGAGUAUCAGGCAUUUGCAAUAGGAUCCCGCUCCCAGGCUGCAAAAACUUAUUUGGAGCGCAGAUUUGAGGCUUUCAACAGCUACUCUCGUGAAGAACUGAUAAAAGAUGCCCUUUGUGCCAUUAAAGAAACAUUGCAGAGUGAGAAGUUGACCAGUGCCACCUGCACCGUUGCUGUUGUUGGAGUUGGAGAGCCAUUUCACGUGAUCGAUCAGAAAACCAUACAGGAAGUGAUAGACUCAAUGGAAAUUAGGGAGGAAGCUGCAGCCGAUCAGGGCGCCAUGCAAGAGGAUAAGAGCUCUGAAGCAGCACCAGUGGAUAUUUGAUUCGGAUAGAAUUAUCCCCUCGGUUUGGUGUGAACAUGAUGAAGAAAAUGAUGUUUGAGAAUCAUGUGAUUUCAGCAUGCUCUUUAAAAAUCAGCGCUGUUUUUCUUUGCAUGAUUCAUGCUUCAAUUUCUGAGGAUUUGUCAUGCCAUCGAGAUUAUCUUUUGACUUACAAACUUGGCUUGGAAUCGAGUUACAGUUUAGUUUACUUCUAA